AAUGCCAAGAGAGAACACAUGUAGAUAAAGCAACUGCUACACAAAUUGUGCAAAUAGAACUAAUUGACAAAUAUUUGUACAUAAAAUUAAAUGGACUUUACUACAAUAGCUAAACUGACAGAGAAUUAGAAGUUAGUAGCUGGACUGAAAAGAAAAUGAAUUUGCUUCAUUUUCUAAGACAUUUCAAUUUAGAACAUUUACAUUGCAGAAAUAUGGAAAUGCUUACAUCUUUAAUUAUUGUAUACCUCAUUACAGGGACUGUUAACUGCGAAGUGGACUUUCAAUUCAAAGAUUCCAGACAGGCUGAGUAUGCCAGUCAACUUACAAAUUUUGAGAUCUCACACCCCAGCAAAGUGUCUCACAAUGGGGACUUCUUAUCACAUACCCUACAUAACGUCAUACCACACCGGAGUAAACGAGACACUACAGCGAACAAUAUUGAUGAAAAGUUACAUUAUAAGGUUAAUAUAGACAAUAGUGAUUACCAUUUAACACUUGAGCCCAAUCAUAGACUUCUGUCACCCGGUUUGAUUAUUGAGCGACGCAGGAAUCGUCAUGGAAACAUAUCUUAUUCAGAUUUUCGUCGACAGUCGGGACAUCAUUGUCACUAUACAGGGACUGUCACUGGGCAUUCAGACUCUAUGGUUGCUAUUGCAACAUGCAAUGGAUUAACUGGUUUAAUCCGAACUAAGAAAGGCGAGUUUUUUAUCGAGCCAGUAAAAGGUCACAACACUUCAUCUAAUGAUCCCCACCCCCAUCUUAUAUACCGUAGAUCUGCUGUACCCCUUGAACUCGGUGGUCAUACUGAAUCUGAUCGUCAUCACCAUGGCAACCAUAAACAUGAGCGUGAAACAGCCACUUGUGGAGUUACAGAAAAUGCUGAAGAUACAGUGGAGAAACAAAGAGAAAGAUGGGAAAAUCAUGUUAGGCCGUCCAAGACAAAGGAACAUAAACGUCGCUCAAAACGCUCAAUUAGUCAAGAAAAUAAUGUAGAAACCUUGGUAGUUAUUGAUACGAAAAUGGUGGAAUACUACAAGAAUGAUGACAUAGAAGUUUAUAUUUUAACAAUCUUAAACAUGGUGUCCAGUAUGUACCAUGACAAGAGCCUUGGGAAUGCAGUGAACAUUGUCCUUGUGAAGCUGAUAUACUUAGAGGAACCAGAGGAUGAGCUUCCAAUCACGCAUCAUGCUGACAACACAUUGAACCAUUUCUGUAAAUGGCAGAAUAAGAUUAAUCCACGUCAUGAAAGUCACCCGAACCACCAUGACGUCGCUGUCCUCCUCACAAGGUAUAACAUCUGUUCACGCUUGAAUGAACCAUGCAGUACCCUCGGACUUGCACAUGUUUCUGGAAUGUGUCAGCCCCAUAGAAUGUGCAACAUCAAUGAAGACACUGGACUGGCAUUGUCAUACACUAUAGCGCAUGAACUUGGUCACAACUUUGGAAUGAAGCAUGAUGGCGCACACAAUGGCUGUCAAGCCAAGCAAGGGGACCGUCAACACGUCAUGGCACCCCAGUUGAUUGGUGAUAAUGAACCCCUUAUAUGGUCAAACUGUAGCCGCAAAGCUAUCACUACAUUUCUAGAUCGAGAUUGGGGUUUCUGCCUUCAAGAUGAGCCAAGUGAUCAUGACUUUAACUACCCUGUCCUCCCUGCAGGGGCCCUGUACACUGUUGACCACCAGUGCCAGUUACAGUAUGGGCCUAGCGCAGAGUAUUGCGAAGGAAUUGACGAUCUUUGUGCCACAUUAUGGUGUAAGAUAGACAAUAAGUGUCUUACAAGACUCGAGACCACAGCUGAGGGGACCCAAUGUGGACUGGGCAAGUGGUGCUAUUCAGGAAAAUGUAUUGAGAUGGGGCAACGUCCCAAUGCCAUCAGAGGAGAAUGGGGCCAAUGGGGGAGCUGGUCUGGCUGUUCACGUACCUGUGGGGGAGGAGUCAGGUACAGAGAGAGGCUAUGCAACAACCCAGCGCCCAGUAAUGGAGGAAAAUAUUGUUUGGGAGAGAGGAAACUUUAUGACAUCUGUAGCACAAAGGGUUGUAUAUCUAAGAAGAGCUUCCUGCAGACCCAAUGCGAAGAGUUCAACUAUGUGCCUUACAAGAAUGGUCUCUAUGAGUGGGAAGUGGUACGUAACCCAGCAAGUCCAUGUCAGCUGCACUGUAAGCCUGUAGCAGAGUACUUCUCUGUGUUGUUGAAGGACAUAGUCACCGAUGGGACACCCUGUAGGGCUGGCACCAAGGACAUGUGCAUCAAUGGACUCUGCCAGCAUGUUGGCUGUGAUUGGGGCAUAGGAUCAGAUGCAAAGGAAGACAGAUGUGGGGUGUGUCAUGGUGAUGGGUCAACAUGUAAAACAGUACAGACAAAGUUUGAUAAGACAAAUGGCAUUGGUUACGUGGAGGCCACUGUUAUACCAAAGGGUGCCAGAAAUAUUCGAAUUGAAGAAGUUGCUGAGGCAAACAAUUUCCUUGCUAUAAUGAACUCAAAAGGAAAGUUUUUCCUAAAUGGUCACUGGUUUAUACAAUGGAGUGGGGACUACAAGGCAGCAGGGACCACUGUGCACUACAACCGUGAUGGAAAUAAAGAGACGCUGAAUGCCGAGGGUCCACUCACUGAACCACUGCAUAUUCUGUUGUUGUUCCAGUCUCAGAAUCCAGGAGUGAAGUUUGAGUACACAGUUCCUAAUGCAAAUGCUAGCAGGAUGCACAUCCCUGUCUUUAAGUGGGAACAUGAGAAACAUUGGAGCCAUUGCAGUGUAUCUUGUGGGGGAGGACACAGACGUAAGGAGGUUGUAUGUAAAGCUCUGGGAGCAGGAGAGGUGGAUAGUAGUUAUUGUAAUGCUACUACCAAACCAGAUGAUCUGAGGGCCAGCUGUAACACACACUCUUGCCCUGCAAGAUGGUGGCCAGGACCAUGGCAACAUUGCUCAGUGACAUGUGGACGAGAUGGCAUCCAUAGACGUACUGUGAUCUGUGUCCAAGGUCUAGGAAUGGAUAGGCAGAUUGCCUUAGAUGACAGCAAUUGUGAAGAUACACCUAAACCUACUGAUGUUGAGGCCUGCCAUCAUAAAGAUCCCUGUCCUGAGGAUGUACACUGGGAAGUGGGACCCUGGUCAGAUACUUGCAAUGGAGACCCAUGUAUGAUCCAGACCCGUAAUGUUCAGUGUAGCGAUCGCAACUCUCUGAUUGGCUGCGAUCCAUUGGAAAUGCCUUCUGUUAUGAAACAGUGUACUAACAUCACAUGUGGUCAGUGGGCCGCAUCUGAAUGGACACAGUGUACUAGAAGCUGUGAAAGUGGGGUUCAGAUCCGGAAAGUGACGUGUGUAGGAGGUUCCGUAUGUCCACAGAGCAACAAGCCAACUUCUCAACAAGAAUGUAACACGCAACUCUGCCCUACAACAACAACAACAACAACUACA